GCGUCUUUGUGACAUUCGGGUUUCUGGUCGUGUUAGAGAGAAGAAAACCGAUUCCAAUCAUGAAGCUCUCUUUCUCUCUCCCUUCCAAAUCGAAACCCAAACUCAAAGCCACCGCCGCCGACGACAACGGUACCAGCAAACAGUUCGUCACGGAAUUCGAUCCCACGAAAACCCUAACCGAUUCCGCUCCCAAACACGUCAUCCCUCCCAUCGAAAACACAUGGAGACCCCACAAGAAGAUGAAGAAUCUCGAUCUCCCGCUCCAAUCCGGAAACACCGGUUCGGGUCUCGAAUUCGAACCGGAGGUUCCUUUAACCGAUUCACAGGAUAACGUCACGUACGGUUUGAAGCUGCGUGAGAAAGCCAAGGACGGAGAAGCUGCUGCGAGGGAUGAAGAUCGGAAUAUAGCUCCGAUAGAGCAGCUUAUGAUGCAGAGUCUGAGGAGGGAUCUGGAGUCGCUUGCUGAUGAUCCGACGUUGGAGGACUUCGAGAGCGUUCCUGUGGAGGGUUUCGGAGCUGCGUUGAUGGCUGGGUAUGGGUGGAGGCCUGGGAAGGGGAUAGGUAAGAACGCUAAAGAUGAUGUUGAGAUCAAGGAGUACAAAAGGUGGACUGCUAAGGAAGGGUUAGGUUUCGAUCUCGAUAGGUCUAAGGUUGUUGUUGAUACGAAGAAGGCUAAACUGAAACUUGAUGUUAGUGGUGGAGAGCUGUUUUUCGUUGGGAAAGAAGUGAGGAUUGUUGGUGGUAGAGAUAUGGGAUCAAAGGGUGAGAUUGUGGAGAAGAAGGGUGAUGAUUCGUUUGUUGUGAAGCUCUCUGGGAGUGGAGAUGAAGUGAGAGUUGGUGUGAGUGAGGUAGCAGAUCUGGGUUCACAGGAAGAAGAAAGGUGUCUCAAGAAGUUGAAAGAUAAGAAGGCGAGUAAGGGAAGCAGAGGAACAGAGAGAGUGAGUAGAAAUGAAGUUAGAGUCAGUGAGAAGCAUGAUAGAGGAGGUGAGAGGAGAGUGAAGAAGCCCUCAUGGCUCAGGAGUCAUAUAAAGGUCAGAAUAGUAAGCAAGCAAUUGAAAGGUGGGAGGUUGUAUCUUAAGAAAGGGAAAGUUGUUGAUGUUGUUGGACCGACGACCUGUGAUAUCACGAUGGAUGAGACGCAAGAGUUGGUUCAAGGGGUUGAUCAGGAGCUGCUGGAGACUGCAUUGCCGAGGCGAGGAGGACCAGUUUUGAUUCUAUUGGGGAAACAUAAGGGCGUCUAUGGGAAUCUUGUUGAGAAAGAUUUGGAUAGAGAAACUGGUGUGGUUCGUGAUUUAGACAACCACAAGAUGCUUGAUGUUAGACUUGAACAAGUUGCUGAGUACAUGGGCGAUAUGGAUGAUGUUGAGUACUGAAACUAUCAAUACUAAAGCUGCUUACUUUCAGAUUUACGAAGAACCUCGGUGCAAGUAUGAGUUUCUUGAGUUUGCAGACAAAAUUGACAUUGGCUUCGGUGUCUGUCUUCCAGUAAUUGCACUCACUUGUACCAUUUGUAAGAGCACUAUUUAAGAGUACGUACAUGGUAUUGCACCAUUUUAUUCACUACAUCUAUAAACUUUGUGGUCUGAAUUAAAAGAGCUAAUCAAUGAACUUUAGUCAGAA